CACUCUUCCCGCGCGGCCGUUGAGUGUCAACAAGGCGAGUCGCCGACGCAAAUCGUCUGGUUUCAAAACGAGCUGACACGACCAGGAAAAUACCAUUCGUCGUGUGGAUCCUGGACACUAGCAUUGAUUAAAGUGUGAAAUUCGCUAAUAAAAUCUAAUUCCACAAUGUCACACCGUGCAGCUAAGAGUGGGAUCGCCCUAGAGGCUCAGCAAAAGAUGGACAGCAAGUGGGAUGUCGAGAGAGCCAGAACCGCCUUGAGGUGGAUUGGCGAGCGCAUCGGAGAAGCAAUCUCUACUGACGGCACAACAGAAGAUGUCCACAGAAUUUUAAAAGAUGGGAUGGUUUUAGCAAAGUUAGCUAAUUGGGUAAAGCCUGGUAGUAUUGCUGCCACAAAGAUGGGGAAAGCGCCAUCUUUGGCCUUCAAACAGAUGGAGCUGAUUGGUUUGUUUCUCCAGUGUAUCGAUGAGGCCAACGGCGGACCCGUGAAAAAAACGGAAACUUUUCAGACAGUCGAUUUGUAUGAGAAGGUGAACAUGUGUGCAGUCAUCAUCACAAUCGAAGCUUUGGGGCGCGCUAUGUUGUCCCAAGGCCGAGAAGGAUUUGGUAAAGCCGAGUCCAAAGGUCAGUCCCACGAGUGGACAGAGGAGCAACUGAAGGCCGGCCAGAACAUCAUCGGCCUCCAGAUGGGCUCCAACAAAGGCGCGUCCCAGGCGGGACAGAACUUCGGCAAGACACGGGCUAUUGUUGACUAGACCAGUGCUUUAUUUAUCUACUCUAUACAAUCUACAUCAUUUGACCUCUCCCCUCCCCCUUCUCAUGUUUCAUUCAAAUACCAAUGUCUUUGUUUGACUGAUCAAAUAAUGCACACAAGGUUGUUCCACUCACCACCCGAUGACUGACCUUGUGUGUGUGUGUGUGUCUCAUCAUAUCAGUAUGUACAUGUUUGUUUUUACAAUGGACCAAUACAAGAUGUGAUAGGCUCUCUGUCCUCUCAAGCAAUACUUCAUGUGUCACUUCAUGUGUCACUUCAUGCCUUUGUCACUCCUUGCUUUUAAUAUCAGCUGGGCACUGGUCAGAUUUAAAGCUAUUUUAUCAAGUAACUAGAAACACAAAGCUGUUUGUGUGGGACCAAGUUAGGGUUAGACAGAAAUACAAAGCUAUUUGUGUGGGACCAAGUUAGGGUUAGACAGAAACACAAAGCUGUUUGUGUGGGACCAAGUUAGGGUUAGACAGAAACACAAAGCUGUUUGUGUGGGACCAAGUUAGGGUUAGACAGAAAUACAAAGCUGUUUGUGUGGGACCAAGUUAGGGUUAGACAGAAAUACAAAGCUAUUCAUAUGGGACCAAGUUAGGGUUAGACAGAAACACAAAGCUGUUUGUGUGGGACCAAGUUAGGGUUAGACAGAAAUACAAAGCUGUUUGUGUGGGACCAAGUUAGGGUUAGACAGAAAUACAAAGCUAUUCAUAUGGGACCAAGUUAGGAUUAGACAGAAACACAAAGCUAUUCAUAUGGGACCAAGUUAGGGUUAGACAGAAAUACAAAGCUAUUCAUAUGGGACCAAGUUAGGGUUAGACAGAAAUACAAAGCUAUUCAUAUGGGACCAAGUUAGGGUUAGACAGAAAUACAAAGCUAUUCAUAUGGGACCAAGUUAGGGUUAGACAGAAAUACAAAGCUAUUCAUAUGGGACCAAGUUAGGGUUAGACAGAAAUACAAAGCUAUUCAUAUGGGACCAAGUUAGGGUUAGACAGAAAUACAAAGCUAUUCAUAUGGGACCAAGUUAGGGUUAGACAGAAAUACAAAGCUAUUCAUAUGGGACCAAGUUAGGGUUAGACAGAAAUACAAAGCUAUUCAUAUGGGACCAAGUUAGGGUUAGACAGAAAUACAAAGCUAUUCAUAUGGGACCAAGUUAGGGUUAGACAGAAAUACAAAGCUAUUCAUAUGGGACCAAGUUAGGGUUAGACAGAAAUACAAAGCUAUUCAUGUGGGUUAGAGUUAGACAUAAUUAGGUGCGGGUUACAAGUUGGUAUCAGAGUUUGCCUUAUUUUGUGAUUUGACUUUUAUUAUGUUUAUCAUGGUGCUUUUACAAUUUGAAAUCUAUUUGUAUAGAAAAAAAACAACCUUUUUGACAUGUCUAUAGCUACAAUAAAAAAAUAAAUAAAC